GCUGCUUUUUCCAUUCCACUGUACAUUUGGAGUCAUGUCAGUGUACCAGAGAAAUCUUCGUUUUAUAUCCUCCAGGAUUCCAAGUCUACGAACUACUUUGAGAAAACCACUGUAUAUAUCGCCUGGAUAUCGAUCUCCGUGGAGUACGCCGACCACUCGACAAGUCUUGCGACAUGACUGGCAUUCAACUCGACUCUAUUCCGCCCAAGUUGAUAAUGUCGAGGCAAACACAACAAUCAGACAAAGACUGAAGUCAUUUAUGAAGAAGUAUGGCGCAGUUGGUGCUGGAGUUUACUUAGCCCUCAGCGCUGUCGAUUUGAGCUUGACAAUGGCGGUCAUUACGUUCACUGGUGCUGAAAAAGUCAAGCAAGUCGAAGACUGGGCAUUGAAGGAAGUCAAAGGCUUAUUUGGCAUGAAACACAAGAUCACACCCAAAGCAGAUUCAGCAGAAAAGCCGUCCAUGGCUUCUAUCUUUGUAAUAGCAUAUGGAAUUCACAAAACUAUUCUUCUGCCUGUGCGACUAGGUUUGACUGCCGCCAUCACUCCGUUCUUGGCCAGGAAGUUGCAACAAAUGGGAUUCCGGGUGCCGGGCACACGGAAUAUCGCAAAGACUUAAAAAUAUAUAGACUUAUAAGCUAUGUAAAUAAAAAAGAAAUGAAAAGAGUUUGUAAAGGAUGUCACGGAAGGAGAGCCAAUGCCUCCU